AACUUAAUUGAAGAAAUGCCAUUUAUAUUUCUUUCAGUUGUCGACUACACGGCGUACCAUUCAUUGUGGCAUGUUUCACCCCAGUCACUUUAAUCAUCGUUGGAAAUAUCGUGGCAUUCUGCCUUAUUAUCAGAUCAUUAAUUACGUCCGGCACCAAAGUUACCUCUGUACGGAAAGCAUCGGGGCAUCAGCAAGCUCGGCAAGGAAUUGCUAUUAUGGUAUUGCUUGGUUUAACCUGGAUUUUUGGUAUUCUCGCAAUAAACGAUGCUAAACUAGCAUUUCAGUAUUUGUUCUGCAUUUUUAACAGCCUUCAGGGAUUUGUUGUAUUCAUAAUGUUUUGUGUUUUACCCGAUGGAACAAGACGACAACUGCAAACUCUUAUUCGAAAAAAAACGAUCGAUGCUCUACGUCGGGAAGAUAAACAUCGAAAUUUGGAAGCAGGAAAUGCUUCGCUCAACAACUUGGUUUACUCCAGUAAUGUAUCGCCUGUUGUUACAAGUGAGCUACAAUUUCGAAGUCUGUCCUCGGGCGAUCAAGUUACUGAAACAUCUUUUCAAAGCGGCGAUGGUUUUCGUAUUGAAAACGACGAUUUGCAAAAGGAGAUAUCGGAUCUUAAAUUUCCUGAUACGAUGUUUUCAAAUCCAAAUGUGACACGCUAUAGUGUAAGAAAGAACGGAUCCAACUACAUUACAACCAUUGAACUUAACUUGAAAGGAGAUUUCUAAACUCACACAAUUUUAGCUGAUCCUAAAAUUGAACUUGGUGAGUCAAUAUAGGCGGGUUCAUAAAUCCAAAAUUUUAGGCAUCAUUAUUAAUAAGCGUCUUUCAUGAAUCAUGGAAUCGCCAUCAAUUUCAAAAUAAUAAUAAUUAUAGUAGGGAAAGUUUAAAAAGGAAAAGGAAUAAUGCGGCGAAUGGGGCAGUUUAUUCCCAAAUCAACAUUAGAGACAUUCAGACUUGACUUCCACUACCACUAUCGCUACCUCUCACAGGCUGCACAAUUUGACUGCAUGGUAAUCCGGAAUAAUAAAUAAUGCAUCUCAUUGGUUUAAAGUAUAUAAACGGUAGCGGUAGUGGAAGUCAAAAUCUGAACCUCUUUCACUAUUAUUAAAGUGGACCCAACCUCAAUAUAUUUAUCAUCUCAUUCGUACGAACUUUUGAAAUGAUAAUGUAACUUAUUUUGAAGAUUUUCGUUUGAACACUCUCGGUCUGUGAGGUAUUUCAGUUUUAUUCAAUAUGCAAAUGUCCGGAAUUUGCGUCACAUAUGAAUAAUGACUGAUCAAAGAAUGUAAGUCGUACAGUUAAAUAUCAUGAAAUAAAAAGGCGAAAUUGUGUUUUACAUGGGUAUGUAAUCCACCCACAACUCCAAACUUCUUCAUUUUAUAUUAAUGAAUUAAACUCGAUAGUGAAUACGAUCGAUAUACAAGCUUCAUGCUUUAAGUCAUUAUGCAUUUGUGACCUAAAUUCCGGAUAUUUGCAGACCAAACAAACUGAGAUAUCUCAGAAACAAAGUGAGCAAACGAAAAUCAUCAAAAUAUUUAAAGUUAUUAUAUCAUUUCAGAAGUUCUUAAAAAUGAGAUGAUAAAAAUAAUUGAGGUGAGGUGCACUUUAAGAUUAUUUAAUUCCAUUGUGUUAUCACACUUUUUGACCAUUGUACUGCUUGGUUUGGGACAACUGCUGUGAGUUGGCCCCCAUCUAUUAAUUGAUAAACUACAAAUAUUACAAAACAGAGCUGCGUAAAUUAUCAUUGGCUGUAGAGCAUAUGAUGUAAGCUCCGCGGUGAUGUUUUAAAAUAAUUGAGCUGGCAGCCUUAAAGCAACGUUACUUGGACGUUAAUAAGAUGAUUUUCAUGCACAAAGUAAAAAAUGAUGACGCGUUGUCAUCGUCUUUAACAAACGUGUUCAAAAUGAAAACUAAUGAUAUAGGUAUGACGUACGAAGUAAUGAUACGAAUUAUAAUGGUUUUGUUUGUGGAAACACCACGUAAAUUUAUUACUGCAAAGCUUAAUAUAAUAAUAUGGAUAAUAAUAUGGAUACUAAUAAUAAUAAUAAUAAUAAUAAUAAUAAUAAUAUAAUAAUAUAUAAUAAUAAUAAUAAUAAUAAUAAUAACAAUAACAUUACAUAUUGUUAGCACUGAUGAAGAUCCGGGCUUACGGAUCGAAAGCUAUGCAGUAAUAAAUUUACGUGGUGUUUCCACAAACGAAACUAUUAUAUGUUUUAUCGCCAUGCAAACGUACAAACAACUUUAAAAUACGAAUUAUGUACUUGGUCAACAGGAAACAAACAUUAUGAAAAAGAGCUUUAACUCUGCUGCGUCGCUUUGGGACUGCCUGUAUAUAAUAUAUCAUGUAUAGCCAAAGGAAGAGGCAUAAGCUAUUUAGCCUUGACAAAUUUUUAAUUGUUAGACUAGAGUAUAUUUUGUGUAUAUUGUUAGCUUUUAAUAUGUAACUAAAUAUAUAACUAUAAUUACUGUAAUAUAUCUAACAAACGGUCCCUUUAAUAUAGGCUAUGAGCCCUGAGGGGUCACUGUUUUCAAAUAUUUUCAAAUGAUAUAAUAAUAAUAAUG